CCCCCACGCUCGGCUCGCCCCGCGCUCGGCCAUGGCGGAGCCCGCGCCCGCCCGGCGCCCGGUGCCCCUCGUCGAGUCGGAGCUCUACUUCCUCAUCGCCCGCUACCUGUCGGCCGGCCCGUGCCGCAGAGCCGCGCAGGUGCUGGUGCAGGAGCUGGAGCAGUACCAGCUGCUGCCCAAGAGGCUGGACUGGGAGGGCCACGAGCACAGCAGGACCUACGAGGAAUUGGUCUUAUCCAAUAAACAUGUGGCUCCUGAUCAUCUUUUGCAAAUCUGCCAGCGCAUCGGUCCCAUGUUGGAUAAAGAAAUUCCACCCAGUAUUUCAAGAGUCACUUCUUUACUUGGUGCAGGAAGGCAGUCUUUGCUACGUACAGCAAAAGACUGCAGGCACACAGUGUGGAAGGGCUCUGCCUUUGCUGCUCUUCACAGAGGAAGACCCCCCGAAAUGCCGGUGAAUUAUGGUUCCCCACCCAGCCUUGUGGAGAUCCAUCGAGGGAAACAGCUCACAGGGUGUUCCACUUUUAGCACAGCGUUUCCAGGAACUAUGUAUCAGCACAUAAAAAUGCACAGAAGGAUUCUCGGUCACCUGUCUGCUGUUUACUGUGUAGCAUUUGAUAGGACAGGACAUAGAAUCUUUACAGGUUCGGAUGACUGUUUGGUGAAGAUUUGGUCAACGCACAAUGGCCGCCUGCUAUCUACGUUACGAGGUCAUUCUGCUGAAAUUUCAGACAUGGCGGUCAACUAUGAGAACACGAUGAUUGCUGCAGGGAGCUGUGAUAAAAUCAUUCGCGUGUGGUGCUUAAGGACGUGUGCCCCCGUGGCUGUGCUCCAGGGCCACACAGGCUCCAUCACGUCUCUCCAGUUCAGCCCUAUGGCCAAAGGGCCCCAAAGAUACAUGGUCUCCACUGGUGCUGAUGGGACCGUGUGUUUCUGGCAGUGGGAUCUGGAGUCCCUCAAGUUCAGCCCACGUCCCCUGAAGUUCACUGAAAAGCCCAGACCAGGUGUUCAGAUGCUUUGCUCUUCUUUCAGUGUUGGUGGUAUGUUUUUAGCUACAGGGAGUACUGAUCACGUAAUCAGGAUGUAUUUUUUGGGUUUUGAAGCACCUGAAAAAGUUGCAGAACUUGAAAGCCACACUGAUAAAGUUGAUAGUAUUCAAUUUUGUAACAAUGGUGAUCGGUUCUUAAGUGGUAGCAGAGAUGGAACGGCACGGAUUUGGAGAUUUGAGCAGCUAGAAUGGAGAAGCAUUUUGUUGGAUAUGGCCACCAAAAUCUCAGGGGAUUUAUCUUCCGAAGAGGAGAAGUUUAUGAAACCCAAGGUAACCAUGAUAGCUUGGAAUCAGAAUGAUAGCAUUGUGGUUACUGCCGUGAAUGACCAUGUCCUCAAAGUGUGGAACUCCUAUACUGGACAGCUGCUUCAUAACUUACUGGGACAUGCUGAUGAAGUAUUUGUUUUGGAGACCCAUCCCUUUGAUUCCAGAAUUAUGUUAUCUGCAGGACAUGAUGGCAGCAUAUUUAUUUGGGAUAUUACAAAAGGCACCAAGAUGAAACAUUAUUUUAACAUGAUCGAAGGACAAGGCCAUGGAGCUGUGUUUGACUGUAAGUUCUCACAGGAUGGACAACAUUUUGCCUGUACAGAUUCUCACGGCCAUCUUCUCAUAUUUGGUUUUGGAUGCAGCAAGCCAUAUGAAAAGAUUCCUGAUCAGAUGUUCUUCCAUACCGAUUAUCGGCCACUGAUUAGAGACUCGAAUAAUUAUGUCUUAGAUGAGCAAACUCAGCAGGCGCCUCAUCUCAUGCCCCCACCAUUUUUGGUCGACGUUGAUGGGAAUCCUCAUCCAACGAAGUAUCAGAGAUUAGUACCAGGCCGAGAAAAUUCUGCUGAUGAACAUUUGGUUCCACAACUUGGUUAUGUGGCAACAAGUGAUGGGGAGGUAAUUGAACAAAUUAUCAGCCUCCAAACCCAUGAUAAUGGGGAACGAAGCCCAGAGCCCAGUGUCCUGGACGGAAUGAUACGACAGUUGCAGCUGCAGCAAGACCAGCGACUGGGGACUGCUCAGGAGGCUGUGCCCAGUGGGCUUCCUGACGGCGAAGGGACUCCGCGGAGAGGUUUUAGACGACUGAGCUUGGACAUCCAGUCCCCUCCGAAUAUCGGUCUGCGCCGUAGCGGGCAGGUGGAAGGCGUCCGUCAGAUGCACCAGAACGCGCCCCGGAGCCAGAUUGCCACUGAGCGGGACCUUCAGGCCUGGAAGCGAAGAGUGGUUGUCCCAGAGGUACCACUAGGCAUAUUUAGGAAGCUAGAAGAUUUCAGAAUCGAGAAAGGUGAGGAGGAAAGAAAUCUUUAUAUCAUCGGAAGGAAAAGGAAGACUUUCCAGCUUGCACAGAAGUCUGUUCCGGUGGUUCUGAUGUCACAGUCUCGGCAGAGGACGUGUCGACGUAAAUAUACAAAUUACGGGAGAAGAAAUCUUGGACGACUCGAGUUGUCUUCUGAAAAUGAAUCUUCAAGCUCUGUACGACAUGAGACGUCUUGUGAUCAGAGUGAAGGCUCUUGUUCUUCCGAAGAAGAAGAGUGGAAAAGUGAUAGAAGAAGUCCAAGUGACAGCGAAAGUUCCAGUGAUUCUUCUUCCCGAUACUCCGAUUGGACGGCUGACGCAGGCAUCAAUUUGCAGCCUCCCUUACGGACUUCCUCGCGCCGACGAGUGACUCGAUUCUGUAGCAGUUCAGAAGAUGAAAUGUCGACUGAGAAUUUGUCUCCUCCCAAAAGAAGACGGAAGAGGAAGAAAGGAAAUAAGCCCAAAAAAGAGAAUUUGAGGAGAAUGUCUCCUGCAGAAUUUUCAAAUACGGAGCAUUUGUACGAGUUUCAUCCUCCAAUUUGGAUAACAGAUACCACACUUCGAAAGUCUCCUUUUGUUCCUCAAAUGGGGGAUGAGGUAAUAUAUUUUCGACAGGGUCAUGAAGCUUAUAUUGAUGCAGUUAGAAAAAAUAAGACUUACGAACUGAACCCUAAUAAGGAACCUUGGAGAAAAAUGGAUCUUAGGGAUCAAGAGUUGGUCAAAAUAGUUGGAAUUCGAUAUGAGGUUGGUCCCCCUACACUCUGUUGCCUCAAACUAGCGUUCAUAGACCCAGCAACUGGAAAACUUGGGGACAAGUCUUUCUCCAUUAGGUACCAUGACAUGCCAGAUGUCAUUGACUUUCUUGUGUUGCGACAGUUUUAUGAUGAAGCAAGACAGAGAAAUUGGAAGCCUAGCGACAGGUUCCGCUCCAUCAUCGAUGACGCGUGGUGGUUUGGAACGGUGCUGCGGCAGGAGCCGUUCCAGUCGCAGUACCCCGACAGUCACUUCCAGUGUUACGUGGUGAGUUGGGACAAUACUGAAACAGAAAAACUGAGCCCGUGGGACAUGGAACCAAUUCCUGAUAAUGUUGAACCUCCUGAAGAAGUAGGAGCUAGUAUAUCUGUCACUUCAGAUGAGCUAGAGAAAUUGCUCUACAAGCCACAGGAUGGUGAAUGGGGGCUGAAAUCGAGAGAUGAAGAAUGUGAGCGGAUCAUAAGUGGUAUCGAUCAGCUUUUGAACAUGGAUAUAGCAGCAGCAUUUGCAGGACCAGUCGAUCUCUGUACGUACCCAAAGUACUGUACGGUAGUCGCCUACCCGACUGACCUCUACACCAUUCGAAUGAGACUUGUGAAUCGCUUUUACAGGAGAUUAUCUGCAUUAGUCUGGGAAGUCAGAUACAUAGAACAUAAUGCCAGGACAUUCAAUGAACCUGGGAGUGUUAUUGCAAGGUCAGCUAAGAAGAUAACUGAUCAACUUUUAAAAUUUAUCAAGAAUCAAGAUUGUACAAACAUCUCAGAACUUUCUAACACCUCUGAAAAUGAUGAGCAAAAUGCUGAGGACUUGGAUGACAGUGAUCUCCCUAAAACAUCUUCUGGAAGAAGGAGAGUCCGUGAUUGGAAUAGAAGAAACAUCAAAGCAUCCAACUAUAUUGAAAAUAACUGGAAGAGACAGUGUAAGGAACUUGUGAACUUAAUAUUUCAGUGCGAAGAUUCCGAACCAUUUAGACAACCUGUUGAUUUGGUUGAAUAUCCAGACUAUCGAGAUAUCAUAGAUACUCCAAUGGAUUUUGGAACAGUACGGGAAACUUUAGAAGCCGGAAAUUACGACAGCCCCUUGGAGUUUUGCAAAGAUAUUAGGUUGAUAUUUACCAACGCGAAAGCAUAUACACCAAACAAAAGAUCAAAGAUUUACAGUAUGACCUUGAGAUUGUCUGCCUUAUUUGAAGAAAAAAUGAAGAAAAUCUCUUAUGAUUUUAAAAUUGGUCAAAAAUUCAAUGAAAAACUUCGAAGAAGCCAGAGGUUCAAGAGAAGACAAAAUUGUAACCGUGUCUAUAAAGCUAACCAAAGUAUCAGAAAUAACAGGCAGAAGCGGCCAAAAUCUCAGGCAAAAGUAAUUCCUGAGCUGGUAGGUUCCCCCACAGCGUCUACCUCAAGCCGGGCAGCGUACUCUGCAAAUCACGGGACAGAUGCCUCUUCAGGCGUUGCUUCCGACUCGUCAGACUCCGUCGGGUCCUCUGAAAGAGUGAGAAGAAGUCGACCUGCCCCGCUGACAAAUGGGUCUCUGUUGUCAGCAUCCGAAAGUUCGGAGGAAAGCCCCGAGGGCGCGCGGGCCUGCGAGUCCUCUAGGAGCAGCCGCCUCCGGAUGACCAGAACCCGAGCCGCCCAGAGGACCUCGGGGAGGAGACCCGGGGGUCAAGUUUGUCUAGAAAAUGGUUGUGGCCGAAAAGCCACUCGGAAGCGUGUCUACUUGAGUGACUCCGACACCAACUCCCUGGAGCCGGGCGAGCGUCUGAAGAGCAGGGCCGGGAGCAGCCGCAAGGUGCUGCGCAGGUGCGCGGCUGUGGCCGCCAACAAGAUCAAGCUCAUGAGCGACGUGGAGGAGAAUUCCAGCUCCGAGAGCCCAUGCUCCGGCCGCAGGGUACCGCCCCGCAACGCCUCUGCCGUCGCCCGCAAGAAGCUCCUGCACAACUCGGAGGAUGACCAGAGCCUCAAGUCGGAAGGGGACGAGGAGGAGCGCCAAGGCGAGAAGCCCCUGUCGCCUGCGCCGCACACCGCGAACGGCCUGGACAGCGCGGAUUCUGAAUCGGACGGCGACGUGCAGGCGGCCCGGAAACCGUGGCACGCCAACGGGGCCCGGCCCCACCCACCCGCCGCCUCGAAGGCCAAGUUCCUGAAGAUAGAGUCUUCCGAGGAAGACGACAGAAGUCACGACUCGGAUCGUGGGCCUGACAGAACUGCGGGCCCGUCCACGUCUGGACAGACACACAAGUCGGAGAGUGUCUCGGAGGAAGAGGAUGAAGCAGAUUCUGACCUGGGGAAGGAUGCGGAGCCGAUGCACACUGCGAGCCGAAAGAACGCGGCUUUUCUUAAAAAAGCCAAGAUUUUCAGCGACUCUGAGGACUCUGAAUCUGAAAAACAGGACGAGGGAGGCAGCGAGCGGCCAGGCCAGGGUGGGAGCCCCGCCACGGGCCCCGAGACGAGUGAGCCCGCUGUGGGCGCCCAGCCCUGUGCCCAGCCGUCUGAGGCCGACUCGGAGUCUGAUGGCAGCAAGGCCAGAGGCAGGGCCAGCACCUCGAUGAAAGAUUCUCCUCUACAAGAGCUCAGUCAGCGGCGCAAAGUUUCCAGGAAAAGGGUCUGUUCCAGUGACUCCGACGGUAACUCAAAGGAGGUGAAAAAGUCAUCCCGAGCCAGAGGUGGUCUCCUGAGGAGUCCCCGGAGAUGUGCGGCGAACGCUGCCAGUAAGAUCAAGCUCAGGAGCACCGUGCAGGUGAGCGCAGACAGUGUCUGUACGAGGAGCAAGACCGGAAGGAGGAAGCCGCUCCAGUUAGCCUCUGCCACAGCCGAGAAGGGAGCGAGUGACUCCGAGGGAGAGGGCUGCUGCGAUGUGCCAAACGAGAAGCGUGCCAGCAGAGGGAGGCGGCCUGACACCGACAGCGCCCACAGCCCACCUCCGGCCGUGGAUGCAGACUCAGACUCCGAAGGGGCGUGCAGUUCCCUGCCUGGGAACAGGCGCGCCAGUGGCCACAAGGCUACUGUUGCACCUUCUAAAACUAAGAGUUCCUUCGUUGGGUCUUCCGAGGAAGAGUCCAAAAGCCAUAUGCCGGAGGAUGAGGUGAGCGGGGCUUCGGAGGCGGCCUUGGCCGAGAAAGCGCUGGCCGAGAACAACUUUGAAGAGGAGCUGAAUUACGGACUGCGCAGGUGGAACGGCCGGAGACUCAGGACCUACGGGAAGGCUCCCUUCAGCAAGGCCGAGGGCAGGUCGGCAUCCCCGGAGCCUGCCGGCAUGGAGGUGAGGAGGAAGAGAGCGCACCCAGGCUCCGGAAACGCCCACCCCUCCGAAGCAGCGGAGAGUCCCCAGGGCGGGCCCGCGCCUCCGCCCCCGUCCGAGUCAGAGCUGGGAUCUGGGACCGAGUCGGAGGCUGACUGCACUGUGGACACAAAAACCAAAAAGAGGAAAACGAAAGGAAAAGCUAGAGGAGUCCCGAAGGGCCGAUCCCCUCCAGCGGCCGCGGUGCGAACUGGGCGGCCGCAGAGACAGAGCAAACGCCCCAGGUUCAGCGUGGACGACGACUGGGAGGAUCUGGACUCGACAAAGUCCCAGAGAGUUCUGCGACGUUCCAAGAUCAAGACGAGAAAUCAGGGUAGAAGGACUGUGAGGUACCACGACGGCGAUGACGAGAGGAGCCUGGAGAACGUGGUGGAGCUUGACGAUUGCACCUUAUGACCCGCGGGGACCGGUUCCUGGAGAGGGAUGGACUGGGCCCACAGGAGAGCUGGCUGUCGGAAUGAUUUUUGUCCUACAAUUCAGGGAAUAUAUUUAUAUUUUUCUAUGAAAAGUUAUGAAUGUGACUAAAUCAUGACUGUUAUUUUUAUUUGCACUUGCUUGCCUUGUAGCAGCAUUCAGCACAGGUGCCAAAAUCCGCUUCAUUGUGGGGGCAGCCGCGACCUGACAGUAUUUGGUGACCUCUCACGCCGGUCAGAACCAUGGUCAGCACCAGGCGCCUGGGUGGCGGGGCUGGGCGGCCUUUCCUUGGUGAUAGCAAGUGUCAUGGCAGUUAUCCUGGGAAUUUGUCAAGAGGUGGUAGUUCCCUAACCCCCUGUCCUCUGCUAGUGUAACAAUUCUAUGUGACACAUGUUUACAGAUUCUUCAUGGCUAUUAUGUGUAUACUGACGUUACAAUCAUGGGAGGUGUAACCAUGAUCAGUAGGCGAGGUACCUAGCACUCCCCCCACCCCCGCCCCACCCCCGAUUAGAAAGCAUUAUACCAGAUUUGGUCUCAUUUUCAUUGAAAUGGUUUCAGUUUUCUUUGCAAAUGCUGUUCGUUCUCUCUCUCUCUCUCUCUCUCUCUCUCUCUCUCUCUCUCUGGAAAAUAUCAUCACUUUUAUUUUAUAAACUUGAAUUUAUAAAGUGCUGGUAAAUUAUUUUUUAAAAAUGUUUUUUGAUUGUACAUUUUAAACCUUUAAGGCCAGACCAUAGCCUAGCAUUUUCUUUGAAUUGUGCACUAACAAAAUGCUAUUGUCUUUCCAAGAUCUCCUGGUUUCCAUGUAAGGGGUUUAACCAAAAUCUUGGUCUUCCAUAGUCUUACUCUGUGAAAUAGAGGAGUUUGUGUGCCUUAGGUGUAGGAAAAGUGUGUUCUUGAAUAGAGUGUACAGGGCUGAAGAGUAUUUAAGUUCUAUGUCGUUCCCCCCAUUUUCCGUGGAGGUUGUGGAGUGGAGUUUGUCCAUAGUGCAAUCCCAGUCUCACCGAGGUGAGACAUUGUUGGCCGUCAUCCUCCACCUUCAUGCUGUCGCUUUCUGCUGCUGCAUGCAAGCCCAAGCACCCUCUGUUGGCCAGGGCAAAGGAGGAGAUUUCUGUUAGUGACCUCUGACCUAAGUGGAAGGAAUGGUCACGUCUUGCGGGAAAAUCAUUCUGGGAUCCAUUUAAAGUGAAACUUGCAUCGCAUCAUCCCAUAGCCUAGUCCCACUUACUUUCGAGCCAAAUGUUUUGUACUUGAUCCGAGCUACUCCGAACAGUGUAGGGGACCGUCCCUAGCAUCCCUGUGCCUGAAGGUGGUCUUGCUCCGAUGGUUUACAUGUUUGCUCGGGAAAGGGGGAUGUCCCGGUACUCCCGC